AUGUGGGGUGACGCUGACAGUGGGGAUAACCUUUCAAGUCAACUCACAAUCGACACAAACACAGUGAACACAAACCUCAAACUAUCUGACAACAACAGGAAGGUGAUAUAUGUGGAGGAGGUUCAGUCAUAUCCUGAUCAUCCAGAAAGAUUUGAUGUUCUUCCUCAGUUGCUGUGUAGAAAUGGUCUGACUGGUCGCUGUUACUGGGAGGUCAAGUGGAGAGGAAGGGUUGAUAUAUCACUGAGUUACAAAGGAAUCGGGGGAAAAGGAGACACUUAUGACUGUAGGUUUGGACAGAAUGAUCAAUCCUGGAGACUACGCUGCUCUAAUGAUGGUCCUCAUUCUGUCUGUCACAAUAAGAGAGAAACACCCAUCUCCUCCUCCUCCUCCUCCUCCUCUUCUGUCUCUAACAGAGUAGCAGUGUAUGUGGACUGUCUUGCUGGUACUCUAUCCUUCUACAGAGUCUCCUCUGACACUCUGAUCCACCUUCACACCUUCAAAACCACAAUCACUGAAACGCUUUAUCCUGGAUUUUGGAUCUGUUCUAGUUCCUCAGUGAGUCUGUGCUGAGUUGAGUGUAAAGAGUGACCUCCUGUUAGAGAACACUCUGACUCUUGAAGACAUAAUUCAGUCUGUACAUGUCUGUCUCUUUCGCUCAAACUCAUUUUCAGAGCCAUAAAUUUAAUCAGUUUAUGUUUUAAACUGUUAAAUGAUUCCUUGUAAACUUUAGCAAUCAUUUUUGCAAACUAAUACGUUGAAAAUGCUUCAGCCAUAUAAGAUGAAUGUAUUGGCUCAAUAGUUUAUAAAGCAACAUUUAAUGUCUGUCUGAUCAACACGUUUUGGAGAAAUUCCUGAAAAACAAGGGAAGAAAAACAUUGAGACUGUUAAAGACACCAAACUGUGUCUUCGUAGUAAAGUUCCCAGUGCACUCUCACUGCUGCUGUUUAUUUCUAAGGUGACGGCUACACAUUGGAGUUGUGGAACUUUAAACUCCAUUGAGACAUUAAAACUUACUGUCCCACAGCCUGAUAAAGGGGAUGUGGAAAUCGCUGCUGUUUGUGGCAGAUCAAAGUGAAAUAAAUGUAAUUGGUUGAAUGGGUAUUUGUGGUCUGAAAGAGACUCAGCGGCAGAUUAGAAUCAAGUAGAAAAACAUUUCCACUUUUUCUAUUGAAAGUAGAAACUAGAGAACAGGAGGGAGUCAGAGCUGAACAUUUCUGCCUGUUUGACAUUCUCCUUGAAAGUAGACUUUGUAAAAAAAAAAAAACCCAUCAAGAGCUAUGACGAAACUGUCUCACGUAAAGACCACCCCAGAAAAGGAAGACCAAGAGUCACCUCUGCUGCUGAGGAUAAAUUUAUCCAAGUCAUCAGCCUCAGAAAUUGCAGGUUAACAGCACCUCAGAUCAGAGCCCAGAUAAAUGCCACACAGAGUUCCAGUAGCAGACACAUCUUUACAUCAACCGUUCAUAGGAGAGUGUGUGUGAAUCAGGCCUUUCUGGUCAAAUAGCUGCUACAAAACCACAACUAAGGAAAAGCAAAUUGCAGAAGAGAUUUGUUUGCGCCAAGAAACACAAACAAUGGACAUUAGACCAGUGGAAAUCUGUGCUUUGGUCUGAUGAAAUCUUUGGUUCCACCUGACAUGUCUUUGUGUGAUGCAGAAAAGGAGAACGGAAGCAUGGAGAAGGAGGUGUGAUGGUGCUUUGCUGGUGAUACUGUUGGGGAUUUAUUGUCACAGUCUGGCUGCGAAGCUGACUGUAUAAAUUUGAGGACCGGAUCCGAAAUGCAGACACGAAGGAACGAGGAAGAAAACUUGAAUAUAACAAAAAGCAAGCUGGUUAAUAUGACUGAUAAGAAAGGUACAAAAACAAAAAGCAUAUACACUAGGAAGAAACUAACUUCAACCGAACUGGGAGAAAAUAAAUGUGAAACACAAAAGACGAAGAACAAAACCUUGAACGUGGCAAAAACCUGUACUUGGAAAACCCUGGAGACACAGAAGCAUGGAAACAUGACAAGAACAACAGAAACACAGACUAAAUACACACAAGGGUGGUUGGGGGAAGUGGAUAAACAUGGGGAAACAGCUAACACUAAUCUGACAUAACGAGAAAAGGAAGCGACGCCAACUGCUCUGACAGGGGACACAAACCUUCAAAAUAAAACAGGAAACAUGAGACGCAGACAUGAUAAUACACACCUGACAACCUGAAAUCAAAGACAAGAAAUACAUGAGACUAACCAGAAGAUGUAAGUGAAACAUAAAUAGAUUAAACUUGAGGCAACUAAAUAAUGAACCUAGAACUUAACAUUAUGUUCAAAAUAUAAGAAAGAAGAUCAAAAAACAAAUGAAAAUGCAGGGUCACAGACCCACCCCCUGACAUUUAUUUUUUAUAAUUAUUUUACUAGUGCAAAGCAGUAAUCAAAGCAAAAGGCAGCUAUUUUCAAGAAUAUAAAAUAUAAAACAUUUUUUAAGUUAUUUCACACUAUUUUGUCCCAUCCUCUUCCUAGUCAGAAGAUCUGGAGCCUAUCCCAGCUGUCUUAGGGUGAGGGACAGGGUACACCCUGGACAGGUUGCCAGUCUGACACAGACAACCAUUCUUAUUCAUGUGAAAAUAUAGAAUUACCAAUUAACCUAACCCCACUAACUUUUUGACUCUUGGAAAUGUGGGAGGAAGCAGGAAUACCCGGAGAGAACAUAGAAACCACACAGAAAGUCCCUGGCCUGAUAGUGGAACUAUGCUAACCAACAUGCUUCUGUGCUGUCUUUAGUACAUACUUCCAUAUGUGUUUAUUUGUAGUUUUGAUGCCUUCAGUAAGAAUCUUCAAUGUAAACGUCGUGGAAAUAAAGAAAACAACAUUAAAUAAGAAAGGUGUGUCCAAACCUUUUACAGGUAUUAUAUACUACAGUAAUGCUUCCAAAAAGGUCACGUUUUUUUCAUCACACUUUGGAUCUGACUGUUUAAGUGAAUGGAGAACCUUUAUUGGUCUUCACAGUCUAGAGCUAAAAAAAAUAAUGACACAUUCAGGUCAUGUCAUAGCCGUCAAACAGGGGGUUUUGGAGAUUUAAUGUCUUCCUCAGCUCCCUGUACUUGUGGUGUUCCUCGGGGAUCUAUAUUGGGGCCAAUUUUAUUCUGCGUUUACAUGCUUGUUUCCAUUCAUACACCGAUGACAUUCAGAAUUCUCUUCAACUGAAGAGAAGCUGUUCUCCUCCACUUUUAACUUUCCUUCAGUCUGUUGAUGAAAUUAAAGUCUGGAUGGCCUCUAACUUCCUUAAUGUUUAUGAGAACAAAACCGAAGUGAUGGUGUUUGAACCAAGUGGUAAUCCCAGCACAUCUCAUUUUAAUCUACACAGUCUUGAGCCUUUUAUUAAGUCGAAUGGCAAAAAUUUGUGGGCUAUAUUUGACAGCAAUUUCACCUUUGAAAAACAGAUUAGCUCAGAUGCUUUUUCAAACUGAGGCUUUUAUCCAAGGUGAAAUCAUUUUUAUAUUCUAAAAACUUUGAACAGCUGAUACAUGCUUCCAUUACAUCCCAGCUGGACUACUGUAACUCCGUAUAUGUUGGAGCUAGUCAGACCUACCUUGCAAGGCUGCAGUUGGUCCAAAGGCAGUUGGUCCAAAGUGCUGCAACUCGUUUUCUGACACGAAAUAAAGAUGUUAACUUAGUUCCCUGGUGCUUGCCUCUCUUUACUGGCUUCCUUUUUUCACAUCUGAAUUGAUUUCAAAAUUUUAUUAUUGACUUAAAGAGCCCUGAAUGGACAGGCUUUUGGGUCAGUAUUUGACCUCUUGCAGCCUUAUCCACCUUCUAGAUCUCUUAGAUCAAAUGAUAAUGAUUCUUUGCUUUUAGCCAUAGCAGGGUCUAGGCUGGUUUACAGAGGUGAUCAAGGAUUUCAACCCCUUACUCAUCAGACAGGCUUCUACUGUCAAUAUUUUCAAAUUUCAUCUACAAAAAAACAUUUGCAUUCACUGACUUUUUAAUAGAUUAUGAGAGUUAUUUGGUAAUUGGUACUAUUAUUAUAAAUUAUUUGGUAUGAGUUAUUUUGUAUUUCCGUACAACACUUUGUUCAGUGUUGCUGUUGUAAUUAAAUGUGCUAUAUAAA